CCAGGGGUUUGGUGCCAGAUCUUAGUCGGAGUAGCCUUUAGCCUUUAGCCUUUCAGUCAGCCCUUUUGCCACGAGUUAGUGUAGCCUCGCAGUUAGCUUAGGGCAUUUCCAGUGGGUUUAGUUCAUGUGCUGCAAAGCAGCAAAUGCCAAGGCGCAGAGUUGAGAGACCUAAGGCUUGAAGGUCGUGCAAGGUCUGUGUUUUGCCUUGGGCUGGUAGCUGCAGAGUGGGAACAUAGCUGCACGUAGGUUUGCACUUCAUAGCUGUCUGAGCCGUGCCUGCAGUGUGCUGCAGGGACCACUUUUCUCACUAUGGUGAAAUCGCAGAAUGUGUGGUCAUGAUGGACAAGGAGAGUGGUCGCUCUCGGGGCUUCGGCUUUGUGACCUUCAACACAAGCGCUGCCAUGGACGCGGCCGUCCGUGCCACGCAUACCAUUGAUGGGACUACCAUUGCUUGCAAGCGGGCUAUGCGAGAGACUCGGCAAGGCGGCAGACAAGACCGCCAGGAUUCAGGGGGUGGCAGCGGCAAGUUCAACGUCGUGAAGAUCUUUGUUGGUGGUCUGCCAGCUUCCUGCGACCUCGAGAAGCUGAAGGGCCACUUCGGGCAGUUCGGGGAGAUCCACGACGCCGUGGUUAUGAUGGAUGCGCAGACGCAGAGGCAUCGUGGCUUUGGCUUUGUGACCUUCAAGGAUCCCAAGAGUGUAGAGGCUGCACUUAGCAACGACAAACAGAACAAGAUUGACAACAAGUGGGUGGAGGUGAAGCGCUGCAUGCCGCAGGAAGUGAUGCGAUCUCGGGACACUGGCAAGGAUGACGAUGACGAUCGCUAUCCCCCGCCCUCGUAUCCGCCGCAUGGUCCUCCACCAGGCUACUACCCACCGCCGGCCGGAUAUGGAGGCUAUCCAGGAUAUCCUCCACCAGCCUAUGGUGGUUACCCCUAUGGCUACUAUCCCCCACCGCCACCUGACUACUAUGCGGCGUAUGGCUAUCCACCUCCAGGGUACCCUUAUGGCGGCUACCCUCCACCUGGAGCGCCCAGUGCUGCGGACGAGACCCGCAGCCGUUCGCGGAGCCGGCGGCGGCGGCGCCGUGACUGAGACCAUGUGGAGCCGUAUGUUGAGGA